UCCACUCCAGCUGAUGAGGAGCGUCAAAGAAGAGACAGAGGAGUUCAGCUCAACUGAUUCUCCAUCCCAGCUGAACAUAAAAGAAGAGAGAGGAGAGGUCCCUGGUUCUCAAGAACAGCUGGAGAUAAAAGAAGAGAGAGAAGAGUUCCCUGCGUCUCCAUCCCAGCUGAACAUAAAAGAAGAGACCGAGCAUUUCCCCGGUUCUCCACCUCAGCUGAGGAGCGUAAAAGAGGACAGCGAGGAGAUGCUGCGUUCUCUGUACAGUCUGAGGAGCGUAUCUGUAGUGCUGGUGGACUGCUGUAGACCACAAGGACGGCAGGAGAACAAUGAAGAGAACCACAGAGAUGCCGAGGCAACCAAGAGAUCUGAGCAUCAGCUUCACUGCAGUUCCAGUGGAGCAGAGUUUAGUGGAAAAACACAUUCUGCUGCCCUCACCACAGAGAGGCGUUACCCUUGCAGUCAGUGUGACAAGAGCUUUAAGACAAAAGAAAACCUCCACAAACACCAGCUUGUUCACACUGGGGAGAAACCAUUUUCAUGCACGGACUGCGGAAAGAGUUUCUCAACUUCUUUUAACCUCCACAUACAUCACCGCGUUCACACUGGAGAGAAGCCGUACGCUUGCAGUCAGUGUGGCAAGAGCUUUAAGACAAAAGCAGAGCUCCAACGCCAUCAGCUUGUUCACACAGGGGAGAGACCAUACGUUUGCAGUCAGUGUGAAAAGAGCUUUAAGAGAAAAUAUGAGCUCCAAACACACCAGCUUGUUCACACAGGGGAGAUACCAUUUUCAUGCUCUGACUGUGGAAAGAGAUUCUCACAUUCUUUUCAGCUCCACUCACAUCGUCGCGUUCACACUGGAGAGAGGCCGUACGUUUGCAGUCAGUGUGAAAAGAGCUUUAAGAGAAAACAUGAGCUCCAAACACACCAGCUUGUUCACACAGGGGAGAGACCAUACGUUUGCAGUCAGUGUGACAAGAGCUUUAAGAGAAAAGAUGAGCUCCAAACACACCAGCUUGUUCACACAGGGGAGAGACCAUUUUCAUGCUCUGACUGUGGAAAGAGAUUCUCACGUUCUUUUCAGCUCCACUCACAUCGUCGCGUUCACACUUUAGAGAGGCCGUACGCUUGCACUCAGUGUGACAAGAGCUUUAAGACAAAUGCAGAGCUCCAACGCCACCAGCGUGUUCACACAGGGGAGAAACCAUUUUCAUGCAUCGACUGUGGUAAGAGUUUCUCACAGUCUUUUAACCUCCACAGACAUCGCAGCAUUCACACUGGAGAGAAGCCGUAUGCUUGCAGGAAGCGUGACAAGAGCUUUACGACUAAAUCAAAAUUCUAAAGUCACCAGCGUGUUCACACGGGAUAGAAACCAUAUUCAUGCACCGACUGUGGAAAGAGUUUCUCACAUUCUUCUCACUUCCACUUACAUUGUCGCAUUCACGCUGGAGAGAAGCUGUACGCUUGCAGUCAGUUUGACAAGAGCGUUAACACUAAAACACAACUCCAAAUCCACCAAUACAGUGGUGCUCAUAUGUUUACAUACCCCAGCAGAAUAUACGCUUUCUCUGCGAUUUCUCACAAAAUAUGAUAUAUUACACAAAAACCUUUUUUUCACUCAUUGCUAGUGACUGGCUUAAGAUAUUUAUUAGCAAUAUUCUGUGUUUACUCUUUCAAAAGCAUGAUCACAACCCAAACUACCCAAAUGACCCUGUUCAAAAGUUUACAUACCCUAAUGUCUGAUGCUGAAUACGGCCCUGUUUAACAUCAAGGGCCGCUCUAAAUUGUUUGUGGUAGUUGUGGAUAAGGCUCUUAAUGUUCUCAGAUGACAAAACAACACAUUCUUCCUGGCAGAAUGGUUGUUUCCUAUAAUAUCUUUGGGUGUCUUGCUGGAACCUCACAUUUGAGGUUUCCCCUGAGUGGCUCAAUGAUGUUGAAAUCAGGAGAGUGAGAUGGUCGCACAAAAACCUUCAUUUUAUUCUUUCUGAAGCUAAUGACGGGUUGAUUUGGCUUUCUGUGUCGAAAUAUUGUCAUGUUGGCUCUGUUGGAAUUUCAAUUCAGAAAUUCAAUAUGAGGGGUUUGGUUGGAAUCAAGCCAAUGGGAAAGGGAAUCAUUGCAUUGCAAUGAUCAUUGCAAGGGAAAUUGUUCAGGAGGCAUAGGUGUUAGAACUAUAUUUACGUGUUAUCCUAUAGUUGAGCAAACAUUAUGCCUUGGUAACAAAUGGGCCUGCGGCUCAGUGGAAAAUUACUGGACUGUGCGAUUACUGGACUGUGCGAAGACUUUCUCUGCACCAGAACGAAGGAAUGCAUCCUUGAAAUAACCACAACAAAGUACAUCUUUUAGAUAGCGGGCCAAGGCCUGUGUGUUUGUGUGUGUGUGUGUGUGUGUGUGUGUGCGGAAACUAAUCUCAACCGGGAUGUGUGUCCCCCACCCCCUAGCGG